UAACCAUCUCUCUCUCUCUCUCUCUCUCUCUCUCUCUCUCUCUCUCUCUCUCACACACACACACACACAUGGAAAGCAAGAAAGUAGUAAAAGUUGUGGGAUUUUGGGUAAGCCCAUUUUCACUGAGAGUGGAGUGGGCUCUGAGACUCAAGGGUGUGGAGUAUGAAUACAUCGAGGAGGACAUCUUCAACAAGAGUCCUCUGCUUCUGGAGCUGAACCCGGUUUGCAAGAAGGUGCCAGUGCUGAUUCAUGGAGAAAAUGUGAUACUCGAGUCCCGUGUGAUUCUUGAGUACAUCGAUGAGACAUGGAAACAAGCUCCACUUUUGCCUCAAGAUCCUUAUGACAGAGCCAUGGCGCGAUUUUGGGCUAAAGUUGCAGACGAGCAGCUUUUCUUGAAUGCAUGGAUGGCUUUGUGUUCUCAAGGAGAUGAAAAGGAAAGAGCUCUGAAACAAGCCAUGGAGGCCAUGGAGAAGAUAGAAGAAGAGCUCAAAGGGAAAAAAUCCAAGUUUUUUGGAGGGGAAAGCAUUGGGUAUUUGGAUCUUGUGCUUGGAUGGAUCUCUUAUACCCUUCCUGUUUGGGAGGAAGUUGGGUGCAUGAAAAUUGUAGACCCAAUCCAAUUCUCAUCAACCACUGCUUGGAUGGAAAAUUUCCUCAACCACCCUGUGAUCAUCAAGUUCAAGCCACCACCCAGGGAUAAGAUGGUAAUUUACUUUCAGUGGAUAAGUAGAGAAAUGGCUGCCCAAAUAGCUAGAGUUGGGCCACGAGGGGCCAGGACUUUUCUUGGUAUAAAAUCAUCACCUAUAAUUACAGAUGAACUUAGUGCAAUUUAAUUUAGUCCCCACCUCGUGUUGAUUGGUGUACGUACGAAGGGAUGGUGAGCUCAAACGACGACGUGAUUCCUCCAACUUCCGCUAGCCACACCCAUGAGAGGAUCGGUGGCUCCAACAUUGCAGUUGUCAUUCUUGCGGCUUUUUAAUAUGUAGGUUUGAGUUGCGGAAACAACCUCUCUGUUGGUAGGGGUAAGGUUGCAUACAUUAACUCUUCCCUAGAUCCCGCAAUGACGGGAGCCUCGUGCACAAAGUUUGUCGUUUUUAAUUUCUUUUGUUUUCUUGUUAAUUUUUUUAGAGGAUUGAUGUAUCCAACCUUUUGGGUCAAUUGUUGUGUAUGUUGUUUUUUAGGCCUAUGGGCUAGGCAUUUUGAUAUGUACAAGAUUUUAUCAAUAUAAGUUGUGCUUGUUACAU